AUGAUGUGCAAAGUCCUCAUCUUUGGCUGUAUUGCAGCAGUAAUUCUCAUGACUGCAGCUUAUGGAGCGCCUCUUAAGAAGACUAAAUUAUCACCCGCUCAAAAAGAGGCACAUCUUCAAGCUUCAAUAAUUGAUUUAGCACUCCUGAAAGACAUCAACAAUAAUUUUCUUGACUUUUACACACCGAAUGACAAACAGGAGUGCAACCGCACAACUCUAGCAUGCUUCCUGAAAGAACUGAAGGUCUUGAAACAAGAUGUGGAAGAGGAGGACAAGCAACUUGUAAUAAAUAUUGAGAAGAAUCUUGAGGAUUUUAUGGACCCUGAUUUCUCAAACCCAACAUGCAGGAAGUGUGAAGCCAAUGAGAAGAAAAAGUUUCCUGAAUUUCACCAAGAAAUGACCAGAUUCCUGCAAUCAAUGCAGAAAGAAAUUCGCCAUCUGGUGACCCCUCGUGGAAUUGCAGCGUCGGCCGAAGCCCCCAACCACAGCGUCUUGCGGGGGGGCUUUGCUGCGCAGCUCCACGCCAGUAGCCUGGAGGCUCUGGCCGGACACCUUUGGCCUCCUGAGAGAGGUAACGCUGAAACCGUGGGCCUUCCGGAGAAGGCUUGGUCCUGUCUGGACCGCGGGUCGGCUCUUAGAAGCCGAGAACUGAGUGGGACGGUUUUCCCUGAACUAGUGGACGUCUGCUAA